AUGUUUAACACGAUACGUAGACACAUCAGCACCGGCAAAAACACAUCAACAUUGCUAAGAGCGCAGAUUGAUAUUAAUGAUAUUUUAAGUCGACCAAAAGAGUAUGAAUCUUCAAUUCGCCGAAGACAGCUACCUGAAGACUUGAUUGAGAACAUUAAUUACAUCACAUCAAAUCGACCAUUACAAUCACAAUUAUUUUCUCAAAUCAAUGAAAUGAAAAGAGAAAGAGAUUUGAUAGCAGAGAGCUUGAAAUCAAAGACGGGAGAUCUACAGCAAUUUAAAGAAAGAUUGAAGGAAAUCAAAACUGCAUUAAAACCAUUGGAAAAACAAGUGAAAACCUUGCAAGAAGAAAUAUAUGCCAAAGCUGAAUCCUUGCCCAAUCUUAUAGACAAAUCAGUUCCUGCAGACCCUUUGAAAGAAGAAGUUGUCCAGUUUAUAAAUUGCCAUUCUGAAGAAGAUGCUAAAACUUUUAAGACAUUAUCUGCGCAUGAUCACAAGGAAAUAGGAGUUAGCUUUAAUAUUUUGGAUUUCAAUGUUGCAUCUAAAGUGUCAGGACCUUCUUGGUACUAUUUAAUUGGAGACGGGGCUUUGCUUGAACAAGCAUUGAUUCAAUAUGCGCUCUCAAAGGCACGCAAACGUGGUUAUUUGAUGCUCACUCCACCUUCGGUUGUAAAGUCAGAGAUUGUUAGUGCCUGUGGAUUCAAACCAAAUGAUCAAAAUAACGAGAAACAAAUUUACCAACUUGAGGAUGAAGGUAAAUCAUUGACAGGUACAGCAGAGAUACCAUUGGCCGGGUUUCAUGCUUCGAGUGUAUUCCCCAGCGGUACUCAGUUCCCGAUAAAGUAUGUUGGUGUAUCAAGAGCAUACCGUGCUGAAGCAGGAGCAAGCGGAAGGGAUACCAAAGGUUUAUACAGAGUACAUGAAUUUACCAAAGUUGAGUUAUUCCAUUUCACAACAGCAGAGAAGGCCGCACAAGAAUUAGAAGAUCUAAAGGAUAUGCAAGUGGAAAUUGUUACGGAAUUGGGCCUUUCUGCGAAAUUGCUAAAUAUGCCAACAUCCGAUUUAGGUGCACCAGCGAUGAAGAAAUAUGAUAUCGAAGCAUGGAUGCCAGGGAGAGGUUCUUGGGGAGAGCUCACAAGCUGUUCAAAUUGCGGUGAUUACCAAUCUCGAAGAUUAGGUAUACGCUAUAAUAAUGAUCAAGAAGAUCGUCUUAAACACGUUUCAACACUUAAUGGUACGUGUAUGGCUGUCCCAAGAGUAAUUGUUGCCUUAAUUGAACAAAAUUACAAUUCAGAAAAAAAUGAAAUUUCAAUACCAAGAGUUUUGCAACCAUUUAUGGACGGUAAAGAUAAAAUCGUUCCUAAUUGA